UAUCAACAAAGACUACUAGGUCUAGACGCCAAACAUUCAACUUACCAGCAUAACCACUCUUUUUUUCCCACAGCCACACAAUCAACACACCAUCUUCCAAAAUGCCCAUCGACCACGUCGGCAUUCAAGUCGCCGAGGCAGACCUCGCCGCCACAGUCACCUUUUACACGGCCGCCCUAGCCCCGCUCGGCUACAAAGAGAAGAUGCGCUUCCCCACGAGCUCGGGCACCACGGCCGUCGGGCUCGGAAGCGGUGCCCACGCCGACUUUUGGAUAACCGGCAUGGCCGAAAAGGCCAACACCAACACGCAUAUCGGAUUCCGCGGUGACCGAGCUCAGGUGGAUGCUUUCCACGCUGCUGCUGUCAAGGCCGGUGGCAAGGAUAACGGGGGCCCCGGACCGAGACCACACUAUGGGCCUGCUUACUAUGGCGCCUUUGUGAUUGACCCUGCUGGAAAUAAUGCAGAGGUUGUUUGUCAUGAUGCGCCCGCAAAUUAGAAAGGCAUGUUAAGCAGAAAAUAAGAAAAGAAACCAUGAUACUAUCAUGAAUUGAGGACUUUUGUGAUUUUAAAAGUCCAAGGGGAAAGCGGUUUGUGGUGCGUGCGGUUAGUCUAGGAAGAAGAAGUUCCCUAAGUACCCAAGUUCAUUUGCCAAAGUCGCCAGGGCAUAUCAUCAUGUUACGGCAAAUCAAUAUUAUACUAUAGUCCUUUUUUUUAUGUUCUUUUUCCCCCUUUCAAUACGCGGUAUCCUAAAAAAGUAACGGGAUUUUGAUUCAACUGCUACAUUUAUGUAGACCUAACACAUGCUCAA